AGAUGGGGGUGGGGAUCAGAGGAGCCUCACUGUGACUGAGUCUGUUCAGCAGCAGACGGCGGCCCUUCAUCCUCCUCAUCUCCUCCCUUUAUUUCCAAUCCGCCUCUUCUCCUUUUUCUGUUUUUUUUUCUUUCUCGCUUACUCGCCUUUUUAAAAAAAUUUGUUGUAGCUGCAGUCGCCGCGAAGAAAUGUCCGCCAGACCGGGAUUUUACCGGCAGGAGCUGAACAAGACGGUGUGGGAGGUUCCGGAGCGGUACCAGAACCUGACGCCGGUGGGCUCCGGAGCUUACGGCUCGGUGUGCUCGGCGUACGAUGUGGUCUUGAGGCAGAAGGUGGCGGUGAAGAAGCUGUCCAGGCCCUUCCAGUCUCUGAUCCACAGCCGCCGAUCGUACCGGGAACUCAGGCUGCUCAAGCACAUGAAACACGAGAAUGUAAUAGGGCUGCUGGACGUCUUCACACCUGCCGCGACGCUAGAAGACUUCAAUGAGCUAUACCUGGUGACUAACCUGAUGGGCGCGGACCUCAACAACAUCGUCAAAUUUCAGAGGUUGUCAGACGAGCAUGUGCAGUUCUUAAUUUACCAGCUCCUCCGUGGCCUCAAGUACAUCCAUUCAGCUGGAUUGAUCCACAGGGACCUCAAGCCAAGUAAUGUGGCAGUAAACGAGGACUGCGAGUUAAGGAUCCUUGACUUUGGAUUAGCCAGACAGACAGAUGAUGAAAUGACAGGAUACGUGGCGACUCGGUGGUAUCGAGCGCCAGAGAUCAUGCUAAACUGGAUGCACUACAAUCAGAAUGUUGAUAUCUGGUCAGUGGGAUGCAUUAUGGGAGAGCUGCUGAAGGGAAAAGUCCUUUUUCCUGGCACUGACUAUAUUGACCAGCUGAAGAGAAUCAUGGAGGUGGUUGGGACUCCAACACCAGACCUGCUGAAGAAGAUCUGCUCUGAACAUGCGCAGAAGUACAUCCAAUCUUUGCCCUUCAUGCCCCAACAAGACUUGGAAAAGAUCUUUAGAGGAGCGAAUCCACUAGCUGUUGAUCUCUUGAAGCGAAUGCUGGUUCUGGACUGUGAUGGGAGGAUCUCAGCCAGUGAGGCUCUGUCCCACCCCUACUUCUCACAGUACCAUGAUCCAGAUGAUGAGCCGGAGGCCCCGCCUUACGACCAAACACUGGAGAGCAAAGACCGAACUCUAGAGGAAUGGAAAGAGUUGGUAUUCGAAGAGGUGAGCAGCUUCAAAGCACCUGGCAGCAAGACUGACAGCCUUCAGGUGGAGCAGUAAACCUCCUGCUCUGCCUCAUCGUCUGCCUGAAGAAGGACCAAUGAAUGCGAGGAAGACUGUAGAGAAGCAACUGAAAGAAGUGUCUGAGUUUAUCUGAGCAGGAAGGUGGGACGGUCUCUGUGGGAUCAGAUGCACACGUUACAAUUACAGGGAGCAUUUAAGAGUCAAAUAAAAAGGAUCUCUCCGGUGAGGAAAGUUGCCUCCUUUUAUGUUUCUGCUCGCUGAGGGUAAAAUGAGGAACCAUUGGGGAUGGAAGAGGGCGUGAGGAUUCAUACGAGGGAGCAACUUUACGCAACUGUUUACAGACUGACAGGAGGGUAUUCAAAGAAAGGAAAAAAAAUGCACACUAGGAUUUCCAAAGCAACGACAGGAACGCUGUCUCAUCCCUCAUCCGGACGAAUGCCGUGAUGCUUUCAUAUAUGGAAUUCAUGUUUAAAGGCUUGCAGCAAUGUCAUUUCACGUCACAGAAGAGCUUCGCAUUUAGCCUGCAUACUAAUGAUGCAUGAUUUCUGUGCAUUUUAUUGUUACAGCAUAUUACUGGUACUGUAUAUUAACCAUUAAGACUGCUUACUGAGUCUGGCACGCUGGUUUUAAACCAGUCUGAGGGUGUGAAAGAGGCAUCGCCAGGAAAUGUGACCAACCUGUUCUGUCUUAUACUUUCCAUUAAAAACUAGCUACUGUUCUUCCGUGGAUGAAACUCAUCCUCUCCUGCUUACAGAAUCGUAAACACCAACUGUGCUAUUAAUUAGCAAGUAAUUAAUAUACGCCAAAGCUGGAACAGAGUGACUGUGCUGCAGGUCUGUGUUUACAAAGCGACCUCGCUUCUCAUAUACCGCUGAUGGCUGAUUGCGGCUCUCCGGUUUGGCUUUGGCGCCGCUCCAUCGGGUUUCUCUGCUGUGUCUUUUUACAGUCCCGUGUUUGUGUUUACGUUAACUACAGACAUUUUGUAAACUCUCAGAAACGAUCCCCUCCAGUAGCUGCGCAACAAUGCCGGGUAAAAAUCUGUUACACAACUUGUAGCUCCGUCCAAGCAGCGACAGGUCAAACACCACCCAGGCAGAUGAUUCACUUUGAGCAGCAAUGUUUGGCUGCUUGCAGCAACCAGGGAGUUCAUUUGUCAUCUUUCAUGUUAUUUUUUUUAGUUUAUUGUAAAGAAAAACUAUCCAGACUGCACAUAUUCAUUACUGAGCACAGUAUUACAGCAACUGGCCGUGUGCUUUACCUCAAAUGCGUAUGUUCCAACUGCAGUUUAUAGCUUAGUGCAACAUUAUUAUCCCCGGGAUCAUGUUACGCAACACCCUGUGAAGCACGAGCUCAAUGCAAAUGCAGAUCAUUGCGUCAAAUGGCUGACUUCCCCACUGAUGUGUCAUUCAUUUUGCUGCAGACUGGAGUUUUUAGUUCUAUAAAAAACAUUUUUUUGCUGAGGUAGAAAUAAUCUGGUUGUGGUAAACCUCAGUGUGCAGAACCAACAAACCAGGGUGAUACUGAAGGUCAAUGAAAAUGCUAAAACUACUUUAACACUGAUGUAUGUUAGCAUUGACUAUUACUAUUACUACCAUAGACGCCAUUUUAGCCUCAGAAAAUGUGUAUUUUUAGUCAAUGUCCACACCAAAAUCUAUCAAAUACAGCUGUAGUCACCAAACAGCCAAAGUAAACUUGGAGAUAAGUUCACUGUAUGCUGCAUCCCUCUACUCAAACUAGUUUAGAAUUUACGAGGUGUAAAUAACGUAUAUUCUAUAAAACCGACAUUCCUUCCAACUUUAAAACCAAAAACAAGGCAGCAAUAAGUGAUACAGAGUCUUCAUUUACUUAAUGAGGGCAAUUUAUUAACUGUGCAGAAAUAGAAAAUAGGUGGUACUGUGUAGGGGGACAAAUCUGGGAUUGAGAGAGCAUAGGUGAAUUCUAUUGAGAAGUUUUUCUGUGAUAAAAGCCUCAAAACAAGAAGGGGAGGGGAUUAAAAAAUAAAUGAGAAAUUUUGUUUGGAAAAAUAGUAAUUUUAUGAAUUAAAUUAAUUCAAACAUAAUAUAGUCCUACAAAUCUUCACAAAAAUAAAUCUCACAACAGAUUAACAACAGAACAUGAAGCUAAGUGAAGCCAGUUGACAUGUUUGGAGGUAAAACAUUCAUAUAUCAGACAAUGAGAUACAUCUGGUUUAUUUGUCAUAUAUUACUGCUGCAGAUGCAUUUUAAAUGUUAUCUGUGCACUAUCUGGAUACAACUUUGCUAUAAAACCAGUGGCAGAAAAUAUUCAAGUACAAUUUUGUGUUAUACCACUUGAGUGUUUCUGUUUUCUGCUACUUUAUAGUCAGCUACAUGUGGCAAAUAAUGUAUUUUUACUGUACUAUAUUUAUUCACUAAUUUUUGUUCCUUUGUAGAUGUAGCUAAAUAACACAAACUUCAGUCUACAAAAAUAUGAUGGUGUCAUAUUAGAGAUUAAGAUAAAUCUUCAUUGAUUGCUGAGUGGAAAUUCACAAGCUACCUAGCAGAUGAACUAUAUAAAGUAUAUAUGAACUUUAUCAGCUUCAACAAAUACAGUGACAUGCACACUAAUGACUCAGUAAUUGCAAUAAAAUAAUAGAAUAAAUUAUAUUUUGAAAUAUAGCAUUCUGCAUGAUGACUACCUGUAGUUAUUUAAGUAAAGUUUAAUGCCAAUAUGUUGGUACUUUUACAUAAGUAAAGAUUAAAUACAAAGCUAUAAUUGAUACAUUGUAGUCUUGAUACUUUUACUUGAGUGCAAGAUCUGUGUACUUCUUCCUACUCUCUCUAAAAUAGAUAAUAAACUUUCAAUUUAUUGGUUCCCCAAAAUGACCCUCAAAUGUCAAGUAAGUAGUGCACUUGGUUAGCUAAAGUGCUACAGUCUAGCUUAGACAUUAGCCAAGCUAACUAGCAAGGCUAAACUUUAGCAAGGUUUAAAUCAGUUGUCGCACUACUAUCGUAGUAUGAGUACAGAAUAGAGUGUAACAUUAUUAAGCUCAUUGGAGAAGUAAGAAGUAAAGUUCAGUAUUCGGAGUAUUUUAGGAGAUGCUAAUCUGUGUUCUGUGGCACAAGUUUAACUCAACCAGUCAGAUUAUUUCUGCCUCACAGAAACAUUAGCACAACUAAAGCUUCAAUUUACCAUUUAGGAAUCAUUUUUAAUGGAGCACAGGUGAGGAAAUGUACUCUUUUCCGUAUUGGAUCACACUGGAGUGCUACAUGUAGCCUGUUGUGCAAGUUGUUCACUAACACUGGAUGCAAACUGUUGAAUUUACAGUCCUAAUGAAUCUAAACAGUGUGUCUCAAUCAAAGUGUGUACGAGCUCUGAAUGUUAAAGUGUUCUGUGCUUCUGUGGAUGUUGUACACGUGGUGGAUUUGAAUAGCAACUGCAAACUGAAUGUAUAUGUAUACUGUACGUAUGUAUGUUACAAGUUAGAGGUGACCUUUGAAUACAUGGUGGCAUGUGAUUCAGCCGUAGCCAUUUUCAAUUCACUAAAAAUGAAUGUCAGCUCUCACUCUGCAAAUGAUCCAGAUGGUUUUCUCAUUUCUCAGCAGGUAACAUGACUUGGCAAGUUUUGGCUUCAACAGAAUAAACAACAUCGUUUCUGUUUGCCACCA